ACUUCUUUCACUCCAUUCCAAUCCAAAACCUACCUCACCUACCAAUAAAGUCACACCGUACAUUUACACGUCCAGGUUCAUCCUAACCGUCAACUUUUCAAAUCCAUAACAACCACACGAUCCCAAUCCAAUCCAACGCCUCACAAUCACCUACUAGAACUUUCUUCCCUUUAUAUUUCGUGUUGUUCAUUUCUCCAACACACGCUCUUCACUCUUUGGCUUGUGCUCUCCUCGUGUCAUUCAUCACUAGGGUUAAACUCAACCGUUUUUCUUCUCAGAUUUCGAGAAUCGUAAGCUAUGGGAAAAUCUUACCCAACCGUCAGUGCUGAUUACCAAAAAGCUAUUGAGAAGGCGAAAAGGAAGCUCAGAGGUUUCAUCGCUGAGAAGAAAUGCGCUCCUCUAAUUCUCCGUUUGGCAUGGCACUCUGCUGGUACUUUUGAUACAGCGACAAAGACUGGAGGUCCUUUCGGAACCAUCAAGCACCAAGCUGAGCUUGCUCACGGUGCUAACGCCGGUCUCGAUAUUGCUGUUAGGCUAUUGGAGCCUCUUAAGGAACAAUUCCCUACUUUGAGUUACGCCGAUUUCUAUCAGUUGGGUGGAGUUGUUGCUGUUGAGAUUACUGGUGGACCUGAAGUUCCUUUCCACCCCGGUAGGGAGGACAAGCCUGAGCCACCACCAGAGGGUCGCUUGCCUGAUGCAACAAAGGGUUCUGACCACUUGAGGGAUGUGUUUGGUAAAGCUAUGGGGCUUAGUGAUCAGGACAUUGUUGCUCUAUCCGGUGGCCACACCAUUGGAGCCGCUCACAAGGAGCGUUCUGGAUUUGAGGGACCCUGGACUUCUAAUCCUCUCAUCUUCGACAACUCAUACUUCACGGAGUUGUUGAGUGGUGAGAAGGAAGGCCUUCUUAAAUUGCCAACUGACAAUGCACUUCUGUCUGACCCAGUAUUCCGCCCACUUGUUGAGAAAUAUGCUGCGGAUGAAGAUGCUUUCUUUGCUGAUUAUGCUGAGGCUCAUCUUAAGCUCUCUGAGCUUGGGUUUGCAGAUGCCUAAGCUAAGCGACACUUGUGCGUGCGGUGGUGGUAGAAAGAUGGCAGUGCCCUAAAUCUUGCAUAAAUUUCAGAGACAUUACUCUUUAUUUUCAUGUGGGUUCAUCGAAGUUGGGUAGUUUUUGGAUGUAUUUUGUCAGACAUGAUGAAUGGGAAGUUUGAUUGUUUUCUCUAUUGUUGAUCAUCUGUUAAAUAACAUUGUUUAAGUGGUAAUUCCCAGCUAUUUCGGUUUUUUAA